AUUAAAUUACAUUUUUAACUUUUGACCACUAUUUGAAAAUUUCCUACCAGAGUGCGGAAGCAGUGAACCAUUUGCACGAAUCAGUGAAUGAAGCACGGAGUAGAUUGAAGCGUGUUGCACGCGGCUAGGCAAGAGUAUCCGAAAUAAACAUUUUAGAACUUGUCACAUUUAUGAAACUUCUUUCACUUUAUUACAAGAUCUUAAAGAACAUUUUAAGCCACAAAAAUUGUUGAUUUUUUGAAAAUUCUACAGUGAUAUAAGUCCUUCAUUUAAAUACAAUGUUUGCAAAAUAUAACCUCUCACAUUUGAGAAUUGCUUGUUUCUAAAUGUUGAAUUAUAAAUGAAAUAAAUCAUAAACAUUUACAAAUAACUUUUAAAUUCAUACAUUUCUUAUAUUUCGAUUAAUUAUAAGAAGCAUUAACAUGAAUAUAAGGAAACAUUUAUUUAAAUAUUUCAUUGACAAUUUCUUUAGACGCAAGUCGUACGGAGAAGAAUUCAAGCCAAGAGUUGUAAAUAAUUCAUUUGGUAAAUAUGAAGUUGUAGAGCCUCUUCUUGUUUCCCAAAGAAGAUACGUACCAUCGCAUAUUCCUAAGCCAUCUUAUUAUUUAACUGGAAUUCCACAUCCAGGACCAAUAAAACCAGAAAUUAAAAAUAAAAAUCAAAUAGAAUGUAUGAAAGAAAGUUGUAAACUAGCGCAAUAUGUUCUCAGUCAAGCGAAAAAUUAUAUCAAGCCUGGUGUUACUACAGAUCAAUUAGAUGAAGUAAUUCAUGAUAUGAUUAUAAAUAACGGAGCUUACCCUAGCCCACUUAACUAUAAAGGAUUUCCAAAAUCUAUAUGCACUAGUAUUAAUAACGUUGUGUGUCAUGGUAUUCCAGAUAAUCGUCCGUUAAAAUAUGGAGACAUAAUUAAUGUAGAUGUGACUGUUUAUCUAAAUGGCUAUCACGGAGAUUGUUCUAAAACAUUUGAAGUAGGUGAAAGCGAUCCAGAGGGUAAAAGAUUGAUACAAAUAGCUGAACUUUGUCUGCAGAAUGGAAUACAAAUUUGUAAACCGAAUGAAAAAUUUUCUCGUAUAGGUCAUGUUGUGGAAGAAAUAGCAAAUAAGCACGGAUAUAAUGUAAUUCCUGCGUUUGUUGGACAUGGCAUAGGAACUUAUUUUCAUGGACCACCGGAUAUCUUACAUUACGCAAACGAGUCUGCCGAAAGAAUGCAUCCAGGUAUGACAUUUACUAUAGAACCAAUUCUUACUCAAGGUGGAGAAGAGAUUGAAAUUUUAGAGGAUGGUUGGACAGCUGUAACAACAGAUGAUGCUAGAACCGCACAAUCGGAACAUACCAUUUUGAUAACUAGCAGUGGUUAUGAAAUAAUGACAAAGUAGUCGCUAUUGAUAUUUAUAAAAUUGAUAGAAAGUUAAACUUUAUAUACUUCUGAACAAACUGUGCAGU